CUGCGGCGAGAAUCAGUUUUGCGGUCGUUUGAGGUGUUCUUCAACGAUCAACUUACCUCGCUCAGCAUGUCCGGGCGCGGCAAGACCGGCGGCAAGGCCCGUGCCAAGGCCAAGUCGCGCUCAUCGCGCGCCGGCCUCCAGUUUCCAGUGGGCCGGGUGCACCGGCUGCUGCGAAAGGGCCAUUACGCGGAGCGCGUCGGCGCCGGCGCUCCGGUGUACCUGGCCGCGGUGCUCGAGUACUUGACUGCCGAGAUCCUGGAGCUGGCGGGCAACGCGGCCCGCGACAACAAGAAGACGCGGAUCAUCCCCCGCCACCUGCAGCUCGCCAUCCGCAACGACGAAGAGCUCAACAAGCUGCUGGGCGGCGUGACGAUCGCUCAAGGAGGCGUCCUGCCCAACAUCCAGGCCGUGCUGCUGCCCAAGAAGACCAGCGCCACCGUGGGGCCUAAGGCGCCUGCGGGCGGCAAGAAGACCACGCAGGCCUCUCAGGAGUACUGAGGGGCGCCCGCGCCGUAUCGGGGCGUGCCGGCCCUCCCCGUGCCACCACAAAGGCCCUUUUAAGGGCCACCA